AUGUCCGACCCAGCUCCUUCCAACCCCGCCCCUCCUAAGCCGGCCCCGGCUGACGACAAGGAUGAGGUUGCCACCGCCAUCCUUCGAACCAAGAAAGCUCCCAAUCGACUGUUUAUCGAGGAGUCGACAACUGAUGAUAACAGCGUAAUUUGCAUGUCGCCCGCCAAGAUGGAAGAACUUGGGCUCUUCCGCGGUGACACCGUCCUCGUCAGGGGCAAGAAGCGCAGGGACACCGUGCUCAUCUGUCUCUCUGACGAAAACACCGAAGACUCCAAGAUUCGCAUCAACAAGGUCGCUCGAAACAACCUCCGAGUCAAGCUCGGCGACCUGGUCUCUGUCCAUGCCUGCCACGACAUCAAGUACGGCAAGCGCAUCCACGUCCUCCCCUUCGACGACAGUGUCGAGGGCCUUACCGGCAACAUCUUCGACGUCUACCUCAAGCCGUACUUCCUUGAGGCCUAUCGCCCUGUCCGCAAGGGUGACACCUUCACCGUUCGCGGCGGUAUGCGUGCCGUCGAGUUCAAGGUGAUCGAGACCGACCCUGCCGAGUUCUGCAUUGUUGCACAAGACACUGUUAUCCACACUGAGGGUGAGCCCGUCAAGCGCGAGGACGAGGAGGCCAACCUUGCAGAUGUCGGCUACGACGAUAUCGGUGGUUGCCGAAAGCAGAUGGCUCAGAUUCGUGAGAUGGUCGAGCUCCCUCUCCGUCACCCACAACUCUUCAAGUCCAUCGGUAUCAAGCCCCCUCGUGGUGUGCUCAUGUAUGGUCCUCCUGGUACUGGUAAGACCUUGAUGGCUCGUGCUGUCGCCAACGAGACCGGUGCCUUUUUCUUCCUCAUCAACGGUCCCGAGAUCAUGUCCAAGAUGGCCGGUGAGUCCGAGUCCAACCUCCGCAAGGCCUUCGAGGAGGCCGAGAAGAACAGCCCUGCCAUCAUCUUCAUUGACGAGAUCGACAGUAUCGCUCCCAAGCGUGAAAAGACCAACGGCGAGGUCGAGCGACGUGUCGUCUCGCAGCUGCUCACUCUCAUGGAUGGUCUCAAGGCUCGCUCCAACAUCGUCGUCAUGGCUGCCACGAACCGACCCAACUCGAUCGACCCUGCUCUCCGUCGAUUCGGUCGUUUCGACCGUGAAGUCGACAUCGGCAUCCCCGACCCUACUGGCCGUCUCGAGAUUCUCCGCAUCCACACCAAGAACAUGAAGCUGGCCGACGACGUCGACCUCGAGCAGAUCGCUGCCGAGACCCACGGUUACGUCGGUUCUGAUGUGGCUGCUCUUUGCUCUGAAGCUGCCAUGCAGCAGAUCCGCGAAAAGAUGGACCUCAUUGAUCUUGACGAGGACACCAUUGACGCCGAGGUGCUCGACUCCUUGGGUGUCACUAUGGAGAACUUCCGAUUCGCCCUCGGUGUCUCCAACCCCUCGGCCCUUCGCGAGACUGUCGUCGAGGUGCCCACCACCACCUGGAAGGACAUUGGUGGUCUCGACAAGGUCAAGCAGGAGCUCCAGGAGACUGUCUCGUAUCCUGUCGAGCACCCCGAGAAGUUCCUCAAGUACGGUAUGGCUCCUUCCAAGGGUGUUCUCUUUUACGGUCCUCCUGGUACAGGUAAGACCUUGCUUGCCAAGGCCAUCGCCAACGAGUGCCAGGCCAACUUCAUCUCGAUCAAGGGUCCCGAGCUCCUCACCAUGUGGUUCGGUGAGUCGGAAGCCAAUGUGCGAGAUGUUUUCGACAAGGCGCGUGCUGCUGCGCCAUGCGUCAUGUUCUUCGACGAGUUGGACGCCAUUGCCAAGUCUCGAGGUUCUUCGGCUGGCGACGGUGGAGGAGCUGGUGACCGUGUGAUCAAUCAGAUUCUUACCGAGAUGGACGGUGUUAGCUCGCGUAAGAACGUCUUCAUCAUCGGUGCUACCAACCGACCUGAUCAGAUCGACCCUGCUAUUCUCCGUCCAGGUCGUCUUGACCAGCUUAUCUACAUCCCUCUCCCCGACGAGCCUUCUCGUCUUUCCAUUCUCAAGGCGACGCUCAAGAAGUCGCCCAUCGCCGAGGAUGUCGACCUUUCCUUCCUUGCCAAGCACACACACGGCUUCUCUGGUGCCGAUCUUGCCGAGAUCUGCCAGCGUGCUGCUAAGCUCGCCAUUCGCGAGUCGAUCGAGGCCGAUAUCAAGCGCGAGCGUGAACGUCAAGCCAAUAAGGAGGCCAACGCCGAGGGCGAGGUCAAGAUGGAGGAGGACGCUGCUGCCGGUGCUGCCGCCGAAGUGGAGGAGGAUGACCCGGUUCCCGAGAUCACUCGAGCACACUUCGAGGAGGCAAUGCGCUUCGCACGUAGGUCCGUUUCUGAUGGUGACAUUCGCCGAUACGAGCUUUUCGCACAGAACUUGCAGUCAGCUCGUUCGUUCGGCACCUCGUUCCGCUUCCCUGAAGGUCAGAACCCAGGGCAGAUCGGCGGAGCUGGUGGUGCUGGCGGAAGCGGGGGCGGCGGUGCUGCCUUUGGCAACGACGAUGCCGGUGAUGACGACUUGUACGCCUAA